ACCAUCGACACCAAAGGAGCUGGGAUGGGUGGGCUGGGCUUGACCGUGGAAGGUCCUUGCGAAGCCAAGAUUGAGUGCCAGGACAACGGCGACGGCUCCUGCUCCGUCUCCUACUUGCCCACGGAGCCCGGUGAAUACACCGUCAACAUCCUCUUCGCCGAAACUCACAUCCCGGGGUCCCCCUUCAAGGCGGACAUCAAGCCCGUCUUCGACCCCACCAAGGUGACGGCCAGCGGGCCCGGUCUGGAGCGUGGCAAGGUGGGCGAGGUGGCCACCUUCACCGUGGACUGCUCCAAGGCGGGCGACGCCGAGCUGACCAUCGAGAUCAUCUCCGAUUCGGGCGUCAAAGCCGAGGUGUUGAUCCAGAACAACAGCGACGGCACCUACAGCAUCACCUACAUUCCUUCCUUCCCGGGCACCUACACCAUCACCAUCAAAUACGGCGGGCACCACGUGCCAAAAUUCCCAGCCCGGGUCAACGUGGAUCCCGCUGUGGACACCAGCAACGUCAAAGUCUUUGGGCCUGGCGUGGAACCUCGAGGGGUCCUGCGUGAGGUCACCACGGAAUUCACAGUGGAUGCUCGCUCUCUCACCAAAACGGGUGGCAACCACAUCCAAGUACGGGUCAUUAACCCUUCGGGGGCCAAGACGGACACCUACAUCACCGACAAUGGGGAUGGCACCUACCGGGUCCAGUACACCCCCUUUGAGGAUGGUAUGCAUCUGGUGGAGGUGACAUAUGAUGACGUGCCUGUGCCCAAGAGCCCCUUCCGGGUGGGCGUCACCGAAGGCUGCGACCCCAGCCGCGUCCGUGCCUACGGUCCCGGGCUCGAAGGGGGUCUGGUGAACAAGUCGAACCGCUUCACUGUGGAAACCAGGUGA